CCCCCCACUUCCUCCGGCCUCCCGCUCUCACUUCCUUCUCGAGCCCCGAGCCGCUGCCGCCGCCCCCAGCUCCCCCGCAGCGGGGAGGGCACCAGGUCACUGCAUCCAGAGGGGCCCAGAACGGGAAGGAGGCACAGCCUCCAGCUGCACCCACGAUGCAGAGCAUCAAGUGUGUGGUGGUGGGUGAUGGAGCCGUGGGCAAGACAUGCCUGCUCAUCUGCUACACAACCAACGCCUUCCCCAAGGAGUACAUCCCCACAGUGUUCGACAAUUACAGCGCCCAGAGUGCAGUGGAUGGGCGCACGGUGAACCUGAACCUGUGGGACACAGCGGGCCAGGAGGAGUACGACCGCCUCCGCACACUCUCCUACCCUCAGACCAACGUGUUUGUCAUCUGUUUCUCCAUUGCCAGCCCGCCCUCCUAUGAGAAUGUGCGGCACAAGUGGCAUCCAGAGGUGUGCCACCACUGCCCUGAUGUGCCCAUCCUCCUGGUGGGCACCAAGAAGGACCUGAGAGCCCAGCCUGACACCCUGCGGCGCCUGAAGGAGCAGGGCCAGGCACCCAUCACGCCGCAGCAGGGCCAGGCGCUGGCCAAGCAGAUCCACGCUGUGCGCUACCUCGAGUGCUCGGCCCUGCAGCAGGACGGCGUCAAGGAAGUGUUUGCUGAGGCUGUCCGGGCUGUGCUCAACCCCACGCCUGUCAAGCGUGGGCGGUCCUGUGUCCUCUUGUGACCCUGGCACUCAGCUUGGAGGCUGCCCCUGACCGACCGCCCCCCCCAACCAGUUGUGCCUUUGUGCCUUGGCGCCUUGUCUGCCCCCAGCUGUGCCUUAAGGACUAAUUCUGGCACCCCUUGCCAAGGGGGCUCCCCGAGUGCCUUUUUCUCCUGAAGGAGGCCCACAGGGAGAGGGGCUUUGGGCCCUGCCCACUCUGCUUGGGAACACCAGGUAUUCUUGAGAGCUCACCCAGGCCGAGGAUGGGCCCCUCCCCAAGAAGCCAACCAGGUGCCCCCUCCCCACUUCCCCCUACUGACCAGAUGUUGCUGCCUAUUGUGGUGCCUUCUCUCAGGUUAGGAGCGCUCUGCCAUCCCUAACCUCUCCCUCGCUGCUCUUCGAUUGCUCCGCCCUCAUGAUGCGCUCUCCCUGCCCCAGAGAAGGAGCCACAGAAUCCUAAGAAGAUGAAUGUGCCCUAACCCACCCUCAUGUGCCUAAGCCUUAGCAUCCGCUGACUGACUCAGCCCCACCCCCACUCCCUCCGGGCUCCUGGGGGCCCCUCCUACCCCCAUCAGCAUCAAUAAAACCUCCUGUCUCCAUG